GUGUGUGUUUUUGAUUUGUAGGACUGCUUUUUCGUAAGGACUUAUUUUUCACAGAAGCCAUACAAAAAUAAUCUUGAAAAUACACUCUUCGGCACAAUUUUUUUUACCAACGUUCUUUUUCUUCCAGUACCAGUAACUUCAUCAUGCCAGUUCGAAACUGCUGUCUCGGUUGCCAAGGCAACAUGUGCGGUCCCUGCGGCGGCUGCGGCGGCCGCUGUGACUGUGGCACGGGCCCCUGUUGCAUCCACUCGUACGGGGCCAACUGCAGCUCGCCGUGCGGGGACCGAGGCGUUAUACACGGAUCCCGAGGCGGCUGCGCCGGCUCCUACUUCAGCUGCGGCCACGGCUGCAUCGGCGGCUGCACCAGCGGACUCUGCGCUAGCUGCUGCGGCCCUCGAUGUGGAUAAAUAACCUCAGUUCUUUGCAAGGGCGACACUGACACAGGCAGCGCCGGAUGUAGACUUUUUUCGACGGAGGAGGGGCAAAAACAAAAUCGUGAAUUUGGGGCACCCUGGAAUUGACGCCCGGGGCAUGAUCGCCCCGCUCCUCCCUAGAUCCGGCCCUGGACAUGGAUGCACGAAACUGCAAGCACGCGGGUAACAUUGUAGGUGAAACCUAUCAAAAAGUUCCUAGCAGCUCCAGCAGCAGCUCUAACAGUUCCUAGUAGCGGAUCCUUACAAAUCCUAGUGUUUUUGGCAGAUUCUACUGUCAGAAUCGACAGCACUCUCAAACCAAAGAUGUCCUAAAAUGUCAGUCCCACUCCAUCACGUUUUAGUAAAAUGUAAUUUUUUCGCAUUAACAAUUAACAUUAGUAACAAUUAACGAACAUUUUAGGGCAUUUUUUGCUUGCCGCAUUUGUUUUGACCUCAACGAACCCAAAAAUGUAAGGAUCUGUGAGAAUCUGGUUUUUCAGUUUUCCAGGAAUAAAACCCGCUUACCCGCUCUGUGCGCGUGUUAGCGGAUGCCCUAAAGGAGCUUGACAUCAACUUCAACCAUUUGAAAAAAAAACCUUCAAACAUUGUGUUCGUAAAAUUGUGAAGUUAAACAUGUUGUUACGGAUUUU